CUCUAGUCUAGUAACCGUAACUGACACGAGAAAUUUGUAAAUAUAAACAUGAAGAACUUCAAGAAAUUCAGUGAAAACAGUGUAUAAUCUUUUGGGACUUAUAUUCUUAAAUUAAAGCAUCAAAUUCACAAGUUAAAAUGUCUUUUUCACGAGCCAACAAAAAUCGACCAAGGGAAAUGUCAUCAAAAACUCCCGUUCCAGUAUUCAGAGAUGUUUUUGCUAUCAAGAAAGCGCAUUCUCGUGAUCCCAGAUUUGAUGAUUUAUCUGGAACAUUUGAUGAAGAACUGUUUGAAGAGAAUUAUUCUUUUGUAGAUGACAUUAAACGUAAGGAAAGAGAAAAACUUGAAAAGGAGUUAGAAAAUGUUGGAGAUGACCAUAAAAGAAAACAAGAAAUUUUGUAUCUCUUGCUGAGGAUGAAAAAUCAAGACAUAGCAAAGAAAAAACAAAAAAUGAAAAAAAUUGAAGAUCAACAACUGAGAGAAGAAAUAAUGGAAGCAGCAAAAUCUGGCAAAAAGCCAUACAUGCCUAAAAAAUCUGAAUUAAAGCAGAAAAAAUUAGUUGAAUCAUUCCAAAAAUUGAAGAAGACUGGAAAACUGGACAAAUAUUUGGAACGCAAGAGGAAGAAAAUUGUUUCUAAAGAUAGAAAGAGAUUUUGUGCAAAAUAAAAUUGUUUAUACUGUAA